GUUCACUUCCUAUAGGGACUGAAAACCAAGUGAGGAGAUGAAGGAUUGCCCCGUACAACACAAAAGAGGACAGACAAUCCAGAUAGAUUCUGACACUGACCCAAAGAACAACUGCUUAACUGUGGGAAGAUAUCCAGGUCCUUUCGCAGCAUUGCUCAACACUGGAGACUGAAAUCAUGAUAUGGAAAUCAGUUGGGUGAGGGGAGCUUCAGUAUAUUAUCUGAUCUGAAAAUGGUCAGUGGUGUGGAGCCUAACCUGCCCAAAUGUUUAGCUGUGGGUGAUUGGUCAGAGUGAGGCUGGGAAGAAUUGCGAGUGGGUUCCAAGAGUGGUGAGAGCUUAAAUCAUUCAUUGAGCCUCAUGAACCAGUGAUUUGUCCUUGCAGGUUCAAGCUGUUCAAGUGAGAGAUGUUUGAGGAGAAUUCUACAGGCUCAUACGAUAAGGUGCAUCUGUUAGAAACACUGCUAAUACACAGACAGCUAUAUGGAAGAGAGACUGUUUAAAUGUGAGGUCUGUGACCAAGGUUUUACCAAGUCAUCAAUGCUUGUGAACCACCAACACAUCCACACAGGGAAGAAACCAUUUAUAUGUAAAGUGUGCAGCAAAUCAUUCUCAGAUUCAUCAACCCUGCGCAGACAUCUACGCAUUCAUACUGGGGAAAAGCCAUUCAUGUGCAAAGUGUGUAAAAAAUCAUUUUUGACAUCAUCAACCCUUUAUAAACACCAACGCAUUCACACACAGGAGAGACCAUUCAGAUGUAAGGUAUGUGACAAAUCAUUCUCAUGGUCAGAGAAUCUCUGGAGACACCAACGCAUCCACACAGGGGAGAAAUUAUAUAAGUGUGAGGUGUGUCACAAAUCAUUCUCUGACUCAUCAAGACUUCUGCUCCACCAGAGGAUUCACACAGGGGAGAAACCAUUCGCGUGCAAGGUGUGUAACAAAUCAUUCUCAGUGUCAUCGCGCCUCCAAGUACACCAACGCAUUCACACAGGCGAGAAACCAUUCACAUGUGAGGUGUGCAACAAAGCAUUCUCAAAUUCAUCACAUCUGCGUGUACACCAACGCAUUCACACAGGGGAGAAGCCAUUUUCGUGCGAGGUGUGCAACAAAUCAUUCUCAUCAUCAUCGGAGCUCCGUGUACACCAGCGAAUUCACACAGGGGAGAAACCAUUUGCAUGUGAGGUGUGUGACAAAUCUUUCUCGCAGUCAGAGAACCUCCGCACACACAAACGCAUUCACACAGGGGAGAAACCAUUCGGAUGUGAGGUGUGCAACAAGUCAUUCUCACAGUUAGGGAACCUCCGCACACACCAACGGAUUCACACAGGGGAAAAACUAUUCAAAUGUGAGGUGUGUGACAAAUCAUUUGCAGACUCAUCAAGACUCCUGCUUCAUCAGAGAAGUCACACAGGGGAGAAACCAUUCACAUGUGACAUAUGUAACAAAGCAUUCUCGGUGUUAUCAACCCUCCACAAACAUCGAAAUGUUCACAUAGCAGAGAAACCAUUCAGGUGCAAUGUAUGUGACAAAUCAUUCUCGGAUUCAUCAUACCUGCGCAGACACCAACGUGUUCACACAGGGGAAAAACCAUUCACGUGUGAUGUGUGUGACAAAUCAUUUUCAAGGUCAUGCAACCUGCUGCUACAUCAGAGGAUUCACACAGGGGCAAAGCCAUUCACUUGUGAAGUAUGUGACAAAUCAUUUUCUUCAUCGUCAAACCUCCGUGUACACCAACGCACCCACACAGGGGAGAAACCUUUUAUGUGCAAGGUGUGUAACAAAUCAUUUUCUGAGUCAGGGAUCCUCCGCAAACACCAACGUAUUCACACAGGGGAGAAACCAUUCAUCUGCAAGAUAUGUGACAAAUCAUUCUCACGAUCAGACAGUCUCCACAGACACCAACGCACUCACACAGGAGAAACCAUUCAUGCAUGAUAUAUGCAACAAGUUAGUCUUGAGCUCAUGGGACACCUGCUCUAUCAGAUGAUCCACACAGGAAAGUAACCAUUCAAAUGUGAGGUUUGUGAUCAACCACCACAGAAUUUGCAGAGGGAGAAAUUUUUCAGGUGUGAUGUUUGUGACAAACCUUUUCAACAGUCACUGCAUUUCCAAGUCCAUCAACCUUGUCAAAAAGGUGAGAAUAAUGGUGUGAGGUCUAUAACAAAGCUGUUGUUGAAUCUCCUAGUACAUCAGUGAACUCAUAUGAGGACUGCCUGAGAAAGUUCUUCACAGUCUGUCCUCAUAAUUGUUUACCUGUACACAGUCUCAUUCUGCAGGAUGUUCAGUGGGACUGGGACACAGAACAAGAAGCAACUUUCACUCCCAUCAAACAUCUAGUGACGACAUCAUCAGUACUGAGGGAUUAUAAUGUCAAUAAUGGAGUCACACUGCAGUGUGAUGUCAGUGAAACAGGACUUGGAGUAACCCCCAGGCAGUGAGGACAACCCGUUGUGUUUGUGUCCAGAGCAUUAAUAAACUGAACAACACUGCACAGUUUAAGGAAGAUAGAUGGGAUGUUGUUUUUGCUCAUGAACUUUUAAGCCAGUGCCUGUUUGUAGAGUUUGACCACCAUCAAAUUCAAACCUCCUUUCUCAAACUACCUCAACCUGCUCAUGCAAAGGAUGUGAUUUUGCUUUUAAAAAUAUCAUUUGGAAGUGAAGUGCAAGCAAGGGAAGAAUAUGAACAUCACUGACAUUUUGCUGAGAGCUGUACCCUCUGUGAAAAAAGUUGAUUGUACAGUGUGUAAAAUCUUCUUAGAGAUAGUCAGCAUGGCUUUGUGUAUGGGAAAUAGUGUGUCACAAACCCUGAUUGAGGUUUUUGAGGAUUUGACCAAGAAGAUAGAUGAGGGCAGAGUGGUAGAUGUUGUCUACAUGGACGUCAACAAAGCCUUUGACAUGGUUGCGCGUGGUAGGCUGGUUAGUAAAGUUAGAUCACAUGGGAUUCAGGGAAAGCUUGCCAACUGGAUACAAAAUUGGCUUGACAGAGGAUGCUGACAGAGGGUUGUUUUUCGGACUGGAGGCCUGUGACCAGCAGUGUUCCUCAGGGUUCAGUGCUGCGUCCACUGUUAUUUGUUAAUCAUAUGGAUGAUUUGAAUCAGAAUAUUGAAGAGUGGUUAGUAAGUUGAUAAAUUACAUCAAAAGUAGUGGUAUAGUAGACAGUGAAGGAAGUAUUCUAAGAGUACAAAGGGAUAUUGAUCAAUUGGGCCAAUAGAUCGAGGA